GGGUCCCACAAAGAGGCAAAUAAGCACUAAAUUGCCUUGGGCCCACUUGAGCCCAAACACUAAAAACACACGUCUAGACCUCCAACAAUACGCAGCUAUGGCGUCAGGCGUUUUAAUGGUUCUUACUUUUAGUAUUUCUUAACGUGUUGGACCCUCCAAAUCCCCUUCUCAUUAAUCAAAUUACACACCAUAUUUCAUAUAUCUCCAUAAUCCUUCAAAACCCCUUUUAACUCUCAUCAAUUUAUCAUCAUCAAGUCCUCAAUCAUCAGGUGAAAUCUACUGUUUUGUUUUGAAUUCAAUCGAUCGGUGAAAAGGGUUGAUUUGUAAUCCGGAGUACUCAGUUGGGUCUCGAUCAAAAUUGUAUUUUGAUAUCGUUUCUUGAAUCUUGAAUUCUUGAUCUACAUGAUGAAUUUAGUCAAUUUACAGAAUUCAAAUUCAGUCCAUCAGUCAAGCAAAUUGUCUAAGAAAAUACCCUUUUCGGAUUGUGAUCAGUCUCGAUCAGCUUUGGUUGAUUUGAUCAUCUUGAUUGUUGUGAUCGGUGCUUGUGGGUUCUUGAUACACCCCUAUAUAACGUUGCUGUUAUCAUUGGUCCAAUGGGUUAUGGUUAAACAUGAUGUUAUAAGUGGUCCAAUUGUUUAUGGGCUUUUAGGACUCGGGGUGUUAAUCGUGUUGAUGGCUAUGUUAGCCGUUACAUUGUUUGAGAGUCGAAAAUGUGGUCAGCCAGGCUGUCGUGGGCUGCGAAAGGCUGUUGAGUUUGAUAUCAAGAUUGAAAAGGAAGAUUGUGUUAAGAAUUCGAGUUUGGGAAAGAAUGGACUUAAGAAGGGGUUGUAUGAAUUGCCAAGGGAUUAUGAGAAGGAGUUGGAGGCGGAGUUGAAGAAGAUGGCCCCGGUUAAUGGUCGUGUGGUUCUUGUUUUUCGAGGCCGGUGCGGGUGUCCGGUUGUUCGAGUUGAGGUUCCGGGUCCUAAGAAGAGUAACAGGAAGAUCAAGAAGUAGAUAUGUGAUGAUAUAGAUUCGGUGUAUAUAGUUUAAGGUUAUGGAAUAAGGUCAUGUUUAAAGAGUUUGGUAUAUACUUUUGCAUAUUUUACUUUAUGGUUAUAAUAUAAUAUAAUGCUUUUAUGUUU